AUGAUAAUAUUCAAUGCCUUUGGAUUUUGCCACCGUGACACUCUUUCUUUUUCUUCUACUCCCACUUCACCUCCUACUGCUUUACUUUUUCUUUCUUCCUCUCAUCUCCUUCCCUUCUUAUUCCUACUCCUCCUAUUAUACCUCUCUCUCCGAAAUCUACUCUUCCUACACCUACCAUUCUCCUACUCUUUUCCUUAUUCUUCCUCUUUGUCAGCCUCUUUUUCUCCUCAUUCCCACCUCUUUCUUUAUUGUUCCUGCUCUUCUUUUCUUGUCUUUGUCAUUCACUUUUUUCUACUUCUUAUUUCUCCUCUCCCAACCAUUUCUUCUUCUUCUUCUUUCUUCUUCUUCUUCUUCUUCUUCUUCUUCUUCUUCUUCUUCUUCUUUUAUUGUUUGUUUCUUUUUCUUUUUAUUCUACUCCUUUCUUCUUCUUUUCGUUUUUUUCUACCUUUUCUUUUCUUUUACUUUCCCCUUUCUUUUCUACUGAUUACUCCAACACUCUUUCUCUCUUUCUCUCUCUCUCUCUUUCUCUCACUCUCUACUCUUCAUAUAGCUCUUCUUUUUUCCUUCUCUUCUUCGGUUCAUUCUUUUCAUCUUUUCUUCUUUAUCCUUCUCCUUGCUUCAUCAUUGUCAUUUUUCUAA